UUUAAAUUUAAAAAAAUUUUUUUAUUAAAAAAUGGAUUCAAACUCAGACAAAUUGACUCGAAAUAUGACAAUGAAUACAAAUCUGACUUUGUUAGAAAAUGGACUUUUAAAUGGGCCGAAGACACAAAAAAUGGAUUUAAUUGCUAAUAAAAUGGAGAAAAAUGAAGGUGCCGAAAUUCAUGCAAAAUAUGGGAAGGCUGCCGGUCUUUUUAAGAAAUUGGGCGGGAAGACUUACGACUUUGUUGAGGUUAUUUUCUAUUUAUUUUUAAAUGUAAGGCUUCUUCAUUGA